AUGAACCCCACCACCGUCUACACCGUUCCCACCGCCCUGCAAGACUGCUGGGUCUUCCGCGCCUCUGACUGCGCUGGCGAGAUCCUCCUCGAGCACGAAGUCACAGGCACCCGCAAGCUCACCGUCGGCUGUACGAUCGAGGCCACCGAUGCCAGCGCCCUCGACGUCUCCAACUCCACCCCGCUCGACUGCAGCCUCACCAUCACCCCCAAUCUGGCUGACGUCUUCAACGCCACCAGAGACACCCUUCCCGCCGAAAUUGCUGCAGAUAUUGACGAAGAAGGCUUUGCGGAUAUCAACGCACCCAUGCAGUUCGUCGACAAGAGUGAGCUUUUGAGAGGCAUUUACGAAAUGUGCUUCGACCUCGCCCGCCAUGGCAUCGAUACAAACUCGGCCUUUAGCGUUUUCGGACACGUCCGUGCUGUCAUUUGGCACACAGAAAGUUGCCACCCGGAGCUUGUCGGAUCCACAAUCGGGUUCGCCCAGGCUUACCUCGGUCUUUAUGGCUCCGCCUUUGCUCUUCUCCACGCUUCCAACCAGGUCGCUGGCACAUGGGUUGAGAACCCCAUAGCGCUCACCACGGAACAAGAAGCCGCAUUCCAGGCAAUUAUUGACUAUGCAGUUGAUCUCGAUGUUUCUCUAGACUUGCCCACUGCUGCAAUACCGACAGCAUUACACGGACUGCCCUCAAAUGGCAAUGUUACAGUUCGGGCCCCCGCUCGAAAAGCAAGGAGGAUGCCUUCGAUCAUUCGCCCUUCGGGUCUGACAGGUGAGGAAAUAUGUGACUUUGAACAUGUUGGUCGGUGGAGGUUCCACAAGAUGUCGAGAUUUAGUGUUGCGAACUCGUCGAUGGACUGCUGCUCACCUGCGUGUUUUACGUUUGGUUCAAUCUCCAGGUUUAUCACCCGCCCGUUUACAACUAACUGCUGUCUGAGCUGCAACAUGGCAUUGUGCAGCGAUGUCAUCCCCUCUCGCACACUGGCCUUGAUGCAAGUUGGAGAGGUACAGCUACCAACAAAUUCUACAAUAGAGUUGAGACUUCCUAUCAAGGUGAUGCUUUAGUCAGUGUUUGCGGGGUAUGCUGUGAUGAGAUGUGGGUCGUUUGUGUAGUGUUUAUGUGCAGAGCCGGCGCUUCUCUGUGCCACGACUCCCACACCGCCCGUGCUCUUUUGAUUUGGUCCAGGCUGCGAGGUAAAAAACAAUUCGUUCGUAUGAAA